GUGUACAAACUAGAAUAAUGUCCCAGUUACCCUUGACUUUACAUUUGCCCAGUUUAUACAUUCAAUUGCCACUUAAGACAAUUGAACUCCAGGAGCCACUCACUUAAGGCCAACAACAAAGGUGAACUUUAUGCAACUAGGCAAGAAACUAAGUAGAAAAUGGGAAAGAAGUGCACUCCACCGCCGCGUAAGCCGUUAAAGCGCCUGAAUGGAAAAGUUAAGAGAACUGUGACGCCCAGAGGAUCUGCCACCAGGCGGGAUAUGCGAUCUACUCCUCCAAUGCCCGUUUAUCGCCACCCAUCUGCGAUGGAACGUCGAACUCGUAGCUACUCGGCAUUUAAGAAUUUUAUUAACAAAUUCAACAGAGAAAAUCCCGGAAAGCUGCGAGUGGAGGGCGUCUCCAUAUGGCGCAAAAUGAGCCUUCCAGAAAGGCGACUCUUUCAAAGGAGCAGCACGGGUCAAUUGCAUCAAAAUCCUUCUAUACAUACGCAGAUUCGGGAGGAGGAACUUCUGUCAAUACUUCCGAUUCAGGACAACCCAUCGAGAACGGACAAUAGACCCUCUAUUUUUGAUUACUUUGUAAAGGCGAUUUAUAGGGCCAUGCGCUUAUUUUACUAAUUACUGAUUGCUUUCCAAAUUUGUAUGUAAAAAGUUGAAUAAUCACAAAAAAGAAAUUAA